AUGUUGCAACAACUACCACCCACACGUCCUCACCUCAUCAUCCUCCUCAUCCUCAUCCUCUCUUACUCACUAGUCCUCGUCCAUGCAGAUGUUCCGAACAUUCCGAACCACUCGCAAUCGUCCUCUUCAUCCUCUUCCUACAGAACUAACAAGUCGGAAUCAACAUCAUCAUCAUCCUUUAUUCAUCAACAAUCUCUUGAUGCCUUCAUUCGGGAAAUUAAUCAAAAAGCCAAGACAUGGGUGGCUGGUUACAAUAAGAAAUUUGGAAAUGGAAGAUCGAGAGAGGAAAUUGUGAACUUGUUGUUGGGAUGGAAUAGAAAAUCACAACCAUUAUUAUCAAAAGAACCAUUAAAUAAUAGGAAUCAUCAUGAUUUGGAAUUGACAUUGCCUAAAUUGUCCAUUCAUACACCAACGAGAUCAAAUUCAAUGAAAAUCUCUCUUCCUGCGAACUAUAGCUCAGUAACAAAUACCUUGUAUUCCAAUUGCACUCAAUUGCAUCAUAUUCGAGAUCAAGGAGAAUGCGGAGCUUGUUGGGCUUUCGGAGUUUCGGAAAUGGUCGCCGAUCGAUUCUGUAUUGCCUCUCAAACUAGAGUGAAUGUUGUGUUGAGUCCUCAAUUCUUAUUGAGUUGUGAUGAAGGAGAUUGUUAUGGAGGAGAUAUUGGAAACACACUUAAAUACGUUCAAAAUUAUGGAAUUGUCACUAAUCAUUGCAUUCCAUUUUUAGCUAAAAUCGGAAGUAAUUUACCAUGUCCCAAUCGAUGUUUGGACGGAAGUAAUUACAAAUUAAGAUACAAAGUGAAAAAUUCACAACAGUUUGAUUUGACUGAUAUUCAAGGAAUGCAACAAAGUAUUUUACAAAAUGGUCCCAUUGUUGCUGCAUUUAAUGUUUUUGAAGAUUUUUUACAUUUCAAAGGAGGAAUUUAUCAAUACACGACUGGAGGUUAUGUGGGAGGUCAUGUCGUGAAAGUUGUUGGAUGGGGAGAAAGUAUGCAUGGAAUUCCUUAUUGGAUUGUUGCUAAUAGUUGGAGUAUUGAUUGGGGAAUGAAUGGAUAUUUUUGGAUCAUUCGAGGAAAGAAUGAAUGUAAUUUUGAAAGUUACAUGUGGCAAACCACUCCUGUUUUAUAA